GGACCCUUCUCCACCUCUCUGCAUCUUCUCCCGACUCGACGUCGUCGUUACAGGGAAGAAGAAGCGGGUGAGAAAAACUUCUGUUUCCACCGUCUUGCCCAUUUCUGCAGAUUUGUUCCGAGGCCGAGGCAUCUCCAAGGCAGUGAUGGCUCUCCAGAGGACCCAGGCCUUUCUUCUGCUCUUGCUGCUGACCCUGCUGGGGCUAGGGCUGGUACAGCCCUCCUAUGGCCAGGAUCGCAUGUACCAACGAUUCCUGAGGCAACACGUGGACCCUGAUGAGACAGGAGGCAAUGACAGCUACUGCAACUUGAUGAUGCAAAGACGAAAGAUGACUUCACAUCAGUGCAAGCGCUUCAACACUUUCAUUCAUGAAGAUCUUUGGAACAUCCGUAGUAUCUGCAGCACCACCAACAUUCAGUGCAAGAAUGGCCAGAUGAACUGCCAUGAGGGUGUAGUGAGGGUCACAGACUGCAGGGAGACAGGAAGCUCCAGGGCUCCCAACUGCAGAUACCGGGCCAAGGCCAGCACCAGACGUGUUGUCAUUGCCUGUGAGGGUAACCCGGAAGUGCCUGUGCACUUUGACAAGUAGAUACCACUCAACAGGGGUUAUGGCCCAGCAGCUGGCCCUUAACUUACUCCUUAAAUAGUAAUGAGUAAGCAUUUGAGCUGUCCCAGGCCGACUCCCCUGAUUCUUUGUUUUUUCUUCUUUAUAUAACCCAUUCUGUUAAACACAUUGCAUGACAGAGAAAGAUGAGACACAAACUUAUAAUGAAUCUGGGCUCUUCUGUAAUAUGCUUUCUUUUAUAAUAUUGGUCAGCUUUGCUAUCUUUGAUCUUAUCAUCUGGAAUUCAGUCAUUACAUAGCAUUUCAGGAAUUUCAAGGUCCUUUCAUCUAAGCUAUCUCAUUCUAAUACCAUGGCACCCUUGGGAUGCUGGUCCUAGUGUUACAGUGCACAAAAGCUCAAAGUUAAGGGAUUUGCUAAGACUGAAAAGUUAGUAGAAAAGCUAAGACAAAAGUCUAGUUUAACAGGCUACUCAUCCAGUGCUUUCCCCACUUCAGCACAAGGAGUUUUGAAAGUUUUAAUACAUGGCUUUUGUUAUUCCUAAAAGUCAGCUCUUGGGAGAAGCAUUAACAAGUUGGAAAUAUAUACUCGCAACGUGAGACCUCUAUCUGUAUUAUGUGGCAAACUAGCUGUAUUUGGAUCUAAUAAGAUCAAGAAAUGAUACAAGGAAUUUUCUUUUCUCCUUCCCAAACUUUUGAGUCACCCUAGUAAGUCAGAAUAUUAACAUGUGCUAGGUCAUUAAGACUCCUUCACUCUUCCUGACUGAAAGAUUUUUCAUAUGUUCCUUAUAAUAAAGAAAAUAAGAUAAUUUCAA